AUGGUCCUAGGCGCAAUCUUACGCUAUCUAGCCAACAACGAGCAACUCAUACAACGGUUGGCCGAUUCAUAUCCACUCCGGCGAGCCGCACAGAUGGUGCUCAGUGCCUACUAUCGCGGGAAAUCGGUCGCCGAGCAGCAGAAACUGAUCGGAAUGACCCCGGAUCGUUUACAGCAGGCGCUGCGUAGUUUCAAAAGCAACGUGCAGAAGGAAAUCGAGAAUGCGAAGAAUGAUUUAAGCAGAAAAAAGUGAUUUCCCGGUGAAGAGUGAAUGAUAUCUCGUGUAGCCUGGCUCAAAUGUAAUUAAAAUUUAUUGGUAUCGUGAAA